AUGGAGGGUGCCCCAAUGCCCCACCGCGCCCUGGAGCAGCAAGGGUUGCUCUACGAAUGGUGCCCAGGAAUGUUCGUGAUUUUCGUGUCUCAUCAGUGGCUUGGGGCCACACAUCCAGAUCCACGUGGAGAGCAGCUAGCCGUUCUCCGCCAAAGCCUGACGGGCAUCAUCGAAGGGUCUUUGCACGUCGAAGGCGACAUGAUUUCCCUGAUCAAGGGCAGGCCGACAUUUCAACUUCCAGAUGCAAUCAGAAAGGAGAUCCAACAUGGGUUCCUGUUUCUGGAUUGGUUUGCCAUCCCGCAGAUCACAGCGCGGCAUGAGGGAGUGAACGAAGAUGUAACACGGUCGAAUGCGGCCCUUGCGGUACAAAGCAUUCCGGCCUAUGUAGAGGCGUCGGAUGUCUUUGUGGCCUUGGUGCCCGAGUUACCACAUGUGACCCGCGGCACUCGCUGCAACUACCCGUCGUGGCUGUCUAGAGGAUGGUGUCGUGCAGAACUAUACUGUCACCUUCUGUCCAACAAGCCUGACACAAGUGUCAUUGUUAUACACUCUGCUAUGGAGGCUGAAUACAUGUUUCCCCUCGAUUGGCAGCACAACACUGUAGCAGAAGGCGACUUCACAGUCGAGAGUGACCGGGCCACCGUGGUUAAGCUCAGUGAGAUGGCAGUGGACAGCAAGAUCCGACAUCUUGGUGCCAAGGGCCCUACAGGCCUUUACCGUUUCUAUGUGGCCUACCGAGCGAAGCUUCUCGGUCGGCCCUGCCUCCCUUGGGACCUGGUGGGCUUUUUGGAGAACUUCCGCUUUCCAAGCUUCCAGGACGCAAUUUCCGACAAGAUCAUGAAUGGGGCUCUGUGCGCAGUCAUCGCAGGGGAUGCGCAAAUGCUCUCCAGGCUGAUAAAGCGCCGGGCCGACGUCAACUAUCGAGUUUCUGAUUUGGGCGACUUGGGGUUCUACGACAGUCAGACGCUUCUUAUGGUGGCAGCAAAGUCGCAUCAAAGCGCAGAGGUGCUCUCAACACUGCUAGAGCUUCGGGCAGAUGUAAAUGCGAGAGACCGCAGUGGACUCAAUUCUGCUUUCUACGCUCGCUCCGCGCAGCAAGUGAAGGUGCUGGUGGAGGCCAAGGCAGACAUUCAUUCCAUCUGCUCGCCGCUCGGCUUGGCUCCACUGACAGGGGCCGCUUCCUCCGCAGACACGGGCACGGUCGCCGCAUUGCUAGAAGCAAUGUGCGAUCCCAACCCAGAGCCAAGUGGAGCCGGCUAUGGUCCACUACAUGGUGUCGCUGGCUUCGCAAGGCAAAGCAACAGGUUCUCCGCUAGCAAGGCCCGCUUGCUGCUCGCAAGCCGCGCAGACAUUAACAUGCAAGCACGUCCUACUGGCAAGUUCCGAUUGAUUACAUUGGCCGCCCGUGCUCACACUGGACUGUUGGGCUUCGGCUCCGGCUCAAUUUCGGCCGGGCGCGUGGCAGCUCUUCCUGGCAUCACCCCAUUAGGGACUGCUGCUAUGUUAGGCGACGGAGAGUUGGCGCAGCUGUUUCUGGAGUUUGGGGCUCAAGUGCUCGAGAACGAUCGUGGUGACACGCCG